AUGGAACCUAAGGCAGCUCAAAAGACGGACCCUGUGUGGUCUAUCCUUCCUUCUUAUGAUAUGUACCAGAACACGUUUAACGGCGGCCAGGAUCCCCCACAAUAUGGAGAAGCAGCGUCAGUGCAUGAAUCAUCAUAUUCACCCUCUUAUCUCUCCAGCGAUGCUAACACAGAAACUACUCCGGCAACAUCAUAUGAAAACCGUCUCAACCUUGAUGUGGCAGACACCGUUCUGUCGACAUCCAGCCCUAGUCUUAUUGUUGCCGAUGAAUCCACACAUACUUGGAGAGAAACGAUUUUGGAUAACAUAGACAACUUGAGAAAUUACUCUUCCUCUGAUAAUUCUUACACGCAAAACGUCGAGCUUUCUGUUCACUUCACGGAAGAUGUGGGCCAGUCUGGAGUGGUCCCAAAACACAUAGAUCCACUGCAAUUUGAGUACAAGCAGGGUGAUUAUUUAAAUGGUUACAUUCUUAUCAAGAACAACUGUUCUUUCCCACUUCCCUUCAAUAUGUUCUACGUGCUUUUUGAGGGAAAUCUAACUGUCACAGACAAGGGCCACACGCCGAAGAAAGAAAAAAUAAAGGUCAGGAAGUAUUUGGAAAUGUACGACUUUGCUGCCUCAUGGAACCAGUCCAGAAUCGACCGUUUGCUAUCUGAGAAAAACGAUGGUCAAACUACAUGCCUCGGACUCAUUGACCCAGUUGAUCUGGCAAAAUUACGUAUCGCUGGCCGAGAAUUGGAGCCUGGGGUCUUGUACAAACGAUUUUUCACAUUCAAGAUUCCGGAGCGAUUGUUGGACACAGAGUGCAAUAAUCAUAACUUACCCAGUCACACGGCCUUACCGCCAACUUUAGGGCUCAGUGAAAAAGAAAAGCGCUUGAUGGGUAACCUCUGGGAAACGUCGAAUGAUUUCUCAUUUAUCGACACCUCCACAAAUUAUAGUGUGUUGGCUCGUUUUAUCGGUAAAGCAUCAGAUUUCAAAGUGAAUGACAAGUUUGACUUGGACACCAAAUUGAUCGAUGCAGCAGGUGACGAGUUUAUUAUUUUCAGAGAGUCUCGCUCCUUUAUUCGGGUAGUUCAGGAAUCCUUAGUCCUCAGCAGUGCCGAAAAGCAUAUGAAUGCAGAAACAGCCAGAAUCUUAUAUGACAACCUUUUUGGAAGGAUUCAAGAGAAGCUUGAGCUUGGCGCCCAGAUGCGCAAACUUUUGGCUGAGGGAAAGCCUGUUACAAAUAUCUUGCCGGCAAAUAAUUCGAUAGCAAACUCAGGUGACGCAGUAUCCAAUGCCCUCAAAACUCGGCAUUUGUAUACGCGUCUCGACGAUCUUUCCAAAAGGAUUGACUCCGAGAUAAUCAAGCCAAAAGAUUACCUAAUCUCCAUUCCUAUCAUUAAAAAAAGGCUUUUGGGUGCAGUCAAAUACCAGGGAAUGUUUCAGAUUUCAAGCCCAAAAACAGAUUAUAUCUUGAACUAUAUGUCGCCUAGACGUUUCAAGAAUGCUUCGGAAAACAAGAAUUUGUGGAAACUAGAGGCACCAAUCAAAAUUAGCUUUCAACCGGCCGAUUGCUUGCAAGGAGCCAAAGCUCCUUAUAUCUCCAACAUUGUUCCCGAGUUAGUGGUCUUUACGAUGAAAGCAGGAAAGUUCCCAGUUCCUGUUGAGAUCACACAUGAUCACCUAUUCCAAAAUAAGUCCUGCAAGAUUGUUGACUUCAAACUGACGGACAAUUUUGAGAAUAUUGUGCAAAAGCCUUUUAAGAAGUUUUCACUGGAGUUCUACUCGGCCUUGAAAGAAAUCGGCUCAAAAGACUUCAAAGUAGAGAAGUCAUUACUUGAAGACGUGUGUGCUUUGGCGGCGGUCGAAUCUAAAACCAACCAUUUGAGUUUGAGAAAUGCCUUCAUUAUUGAGACGGAUGGAUCUGUAAAAGAUUUAGAAACUCAACCGGCCAUUGAGAUGGAGAGCAGAGAUGGAAUAUUCUGCAAGGAGUUUUCCUUGGUUGUGGAUGCCUCAAAGGCACAAAAGAAGUCACCAAGUACCAAGAACAUAUCCGCGGACUAUUCAUCUGUCGAUGAGUUUUGUUUGGUGCCCAGUUUCCAGAACUGCAGCUUGGCUCGAAUGUAUUAUCUCCGGCUUCUCAUCAAGAUAUCUACAGGUGAGAUGAUCGAGCUCAAGUUGCCAGUGACUAUAGCAAAGAUCCCCAGCAACUAA